UGUGUUCUGGUGAAGUAGGUUUUGUCAAACUGGAAGGUUAAACAUCGAUGUUGAUGCUUAAAACUACUGAUCUCUUUGAACAACAUAACUUCUUCAGUCAUUGUAAGAGUGAACACCGCUGAUCUUCAUUUACAGUGAUGUCAUCCUCCAGUGAUCCAAUGAGUGAGAGAUUUCUGUGUUCAAUCUGUCUGGAAGUGUUCAGUAAUCCAGUCAGCACUCCAUGUGGACACAACUUCUGUAAGAUCUGUCUGAACACACACUGGGACAACAGUGAAGACUACAGAUGUCCAAACUGUGAAGAAACAUUCAACCAGAGACCUGAUCUCAAGAUUAAUACAACACUCAGAGAACUUGUGGAUGAACAUAAGAAGAAAUCUCAUGAAGAACAACCUGAAGCUGAAGUUGUGUGUGACAUCUGUACUGAAGGAAAGCUGAAGGCUGUGAAGUCGUGUCUGGUGUGUCAGAGCUCUUACUGUGAAACUCACCUGGAGUCUCAUUUGAGAGUGUCAGGAUUACAGAAACACAAACUGAUUGAUCCUGUGAAGAAUCUGCAGGAUUAUAUAUGUCAGAAACAUUACAGACCUCUGGAGCUCUUCUGUAGAGAUGAUCACACAUGUUUGUGUCUGUUCUGCACUGAAAGAGAUCACAAGAACCACAACACUGUUCCUUUAAGAGAGUCUGAACUUAAGGAGAUGAUGAAGGAGAGGCAAAGGGCAGCAGAGAAACAAAAGGAAGAUGUUAUUAAAGAUCUGAAGGAGGAGAUCACUGAAUUGAAGAAGAGAAACAUUGAGCAGCAACAGAAGAUCUCAAACACUGAAGAUGAUCUCCUCCUCAUACAGGAAAAACAUCAGAAUGACUUGAGUCGUCAGCAGAAGUCUUCAUCUGAGCAUUCUUAUAAGUUCUGGUUCCUGGUUGUGGGGGUCCUGUUUGUCCUGUUGUCGUAUAAAGACAUACAACACCGUGAAUCUGAAAUCACUGAACUGAAGAAGAGAAACAAUGAAAUGGAUUUAGACAUACAACGCCGUGAAGCUGAAACAUUAGAAAGACUUCAGCUUUCAAAAACAAUAAUCACUGAACUGAAGGAGAGAAUCAAGGUGCUGGACUUACACUUGCGACGCUGUGAAGCUGAUUUGGGGAUACUUAAGGAACGCAAAUGUUAUCUGUUUUUGAUGUCAUCUUUUAGUGAUCAAAUGACUGAGAGACUUCUGUGUUCAAUCUGUCUGGAUGUGUUCAGUGAUCCAGUCAGCACUCCAUGUGGACACAACUUCUGUAAGAUCUGUCUGAAUACAUACUGGAACAACAGUGAAGACUACAGAUGUCCAAACUGUAACAAAACAUUAGACCAGAGACCUGAUCUCAAGAUUAAUACAACACUCAGAGAACUUGUGGAUGAACAUAAAAAGAAAUUUGAAGUUGUGUGUGACAUCUGUACUGAAGGAAAGCUGAAGGCUGUGAAAUCGUGUCUGGUGUGUCAGAGCUCUUACUGUGAAACUCACCUGGAGUCUCAUUUGAGAGUGUCAGGAUUACAGAAACACAAACUGAUUGAUCCUGUGAAGAAUCUGCAGGAUUAUAUAUGUCAGAAACAUGACAGACCGCUGGGACUUUUCUGUAGAGAUGAUCAGACAUGUGUGUGUGUGAUCUGCACUGUGACGGAUCACAAGAACCACAACACUGUUCAUAUAAGAGAGUCUGAGCUGCAGGAGAUGAUGGAGGAGAAGCAAAGAGCAACAGAGAAACAUGAUGUCAUUAAAGAUCUGGAGCAGGAAAUCACUGAACUGAAGAAGAGAAACAUUGAGCUGGAGAUGAUAGCAGAGAAUCAGAGAGCAGCAGAGACACAAGAUAAAAGUCUUAUUAAAGAUCUGAAGAAGGAAAUUACUGAACUAAGGAUGAGAAACAUUGAGCUGGAGAUGAAGGUAGAAAUGCAGAAAGCAUCCGAAGACAGGUAUGAAGGUGUCAUUAAACAUAUGAAUCAGGAGAUCAAAGAGCUUAGGAAGACAAACGUUGAGCUGAUGGAGAUGAUGGAGGAGAAGCAGAGAGAUGAAGAUCUCAUUAAAGAUCUGAAUGAGGAAAUUUCUGCGCUGAAGAGAAGAAACCAUGAAUUGGCGAUGAUAGCAGAGGAGCAGAGAGCAACAGAGACACAAAAUAAACAUCUUAUUAAAGAACUGGAGCAAAACAUCAAACGGAGAAACAAUGACUUGGAGAUGACAAGGAAAAACUGGAGAGCAGCAGAAAAAAUGGAUAAAGAUGUUAUUAAAAAUCUGCAAAGCAAAAUCACUCAGCUGAAUAUGAAAGACAUUGAGUUGAAGAUGCUGAAACAGAAGCAGAUAACAGAAAAGAGACAGUAUGAAAAUGUCAUUACAGUUAGAGAUCAGGAGAUGACUGAGCUAAAGAAGAAAAACAUUGCGCAACAGCAGAAGAUCUCACACACUGAAAAUUGUAUUCGCAUCCUACAGGAGGACUUAAGUAGUCAGAAAAGGUCUUCAUUUAAGGAUUUGCGCUUGUCAACAGUUAUAGGAUUUAUCCUGGUAGUGUUGCUCCUUUUUGCUACUGGUAGACUUGAAUUGUUACAAAAGGAAAUCACUGAGCUGAAGAAGAGAGAUUGUGACCUGGAGACAGACAUAAUUCGCUGUAAAGCUGAAUUGAAGUUGAUGCAGCAGUAUGCAGUGGAUGUGACUCUGGAUCCUGAUACAGCAAAUCCAUAUCUCAUUCUGUCUGAUGAUGAGAAACAAGUGAGAACUGGAGGAAUCAUGCAUGAUCUCCCAGACAACCCGAAGGGAUUUGAUGCUUGUCGAAAUGUCCUGGAAAAGGAGGGAUUCUCAUCAGGGAGAUUUUAUAAGUUCCUGGUUGUGGGACUUGUCCUGUUUGUGGUGUCCGCUUAUUGUAUUCAGGCUCACAAAGACACACAACGCCAUCAAGCGGUGUUGAAGUGGAUGCAGCAGUAUGCAGUGGAUGUGACUCUGGAUCUUGAUACAGCUCAUCCUCUUCUCUUUCUGUCUGAUGAUGAGAAACAAGUGAGAACUGGAGAAAUAAAGAAUAAACUUCCAGACAGCUCAAAGAGGUUUAAUGUUGGUGUAAUUGUUCUGGGAAAGGAGGGAUUCUCAUCAGGGAGAUUUUAUUAUGAGGUUCAGGUGAAGGGAAAGACUGAGUGGACUUUAGGAGUGGUCAGAGAAUCUGUUGACAGGAAGGGAGAGAUCACACUGACACCAGUGAAUGGAUUCUGGACUGUGGCUCUGAGAAAUGAGAAUGAAUAUAAAGCUUUUGCUGAUCCAGAUGUCUCUCUGUCUCUGAGUGUAGAGCCACAGAAGGUGGGUGUGUUUGUGGAUUAUGAGGAGGGUUUGAUCUCCUUUUAUGAUGUGGAGAACAGAUCUCAUAUCUACUCUUAUACUGAUCAAUCCUUCACUGAGAAACUCUAUCCAUAUUUUAGCCCAAGUCUGAAUGAUGAAGGUAAAAACUCAGAGCCAUUGAUCAUCAGAUCUGUCAAUUAGAAUCAAUGAAGAAAUCCAAACAUGAAAAAGAUGAAAUAAUACAGUUUACAAUAAAAUGUAAAUAAUUACAAAGAAUAAGAAUUAUGUUCAGAAUGUUAUGUUCAAAUUUCUAUAAAUUACUUUUCACUUUAAUGCUUAUAUGUCAUGGAUGUCUAAGACACUUUUCUUAAAUGUAAAAUGUUAUAUCAACUUGGUCUACAUUUAAAUGAAGCAAAUGAAUAUAUUUCAUUCUCUAGACUAUUUCCUCAACAUUCUAAUAAGUAAAAGUGUUCAGUGGUGGUAUUGUACUGUGGUAAAUUGAUGAUACCAGAUGUUAAUACAUUGAUUCUGAUGUGUGUAUAUACAUCCUGUUUAUAUGGUACUUGAGGUAACUUCAAAUAAUACAUUGAUGUUGUAGUAAUUAUGGUGAUGUCUAAAGCAACAAUUCUUGGAAAAACAGAUCACAUGCUGGUUUCAUAUAAAUAUGCUAAAAAGUUUGAAAGGAUCACAUAAGCAAAACUACAUAUCGCACAAGAUCACUAGAAUGGAGGAAAGGAUCAUGUUAAACACACACAGAAACAGAGGAGGGGGUGAAUACAUUUAGGAGUUUCAAUCAAUGCAGUAUAUAGACUUCUGUUUAUAUUGUUCAUAGUACAUACCGACUGUCAUAUUUUCAUAGUACAUUCCCAUUGUAAAGUAUUUUCCUAUUAUUGUAUUCUGUAUUUAUUCACACCGUAUAUCCUGCACUUGCUAAUUGCACUUCUGGUUAGACCUAAACUACAUUUCAUUACACUGUACUUGUAUUUAUGUGUAAUGACAAUAAAGUUGAAUCUAAUCUAA